GGUGAAGCAAAAAAUUUUAGGCAUUAAGAGCAAGAGAGAAGAUGAGUAGUAGGUAUACAGAGUGAUAUUGUUUUCUUCUCUUCAUCUCAGGAUUGUUGCUGUCUCCUUUUGAUAAAUUCUCCUUGGUGUUUUCUGGGUUUAAAUCUUUUAAAGAGACAAGAAAGCAAGGAAAAUCAAACAUAUAUAGCUUCAGAUUUGCUCAAGUUUGCAAAACAAAUAUGGCUGCUGCUUCCUCAUCCACACAGUUCUUGGGAAUCAGACAAGAAAAUCAAAGUCAGAUUACACAACACCAAUCCUCCACAGCUGCUUCCUCAACUGCUGCUCCAACCACAGUUACUCAAAAGAAAAGAAGGAAUCAGCCUGGAACACCAUAUCCAGAUGCGGAGGUGAUAGCACUAUCACCGAAGACACUAAUGGCAACAAACAGGUUUAUAUGUGAAGUGUGCAACAAAGGGUUCCAAAGGGAGCAAAACCUACAGCUUCACAGAAGAGGACACAACUUGCCUUGGAAGUUAAAGCAGAAGACUACAAAAGAGCCAAAGAGAAAGGUUUAUCUGUGUCCCGAACCCACAUGCGUCCACCAUGACCCUUCAAGGGCUCUUGGUGACCUCACUGGUAUUAAGAAACACUACUCUCGCAAACAUGGUGAGAAAAAAUGGAAGUGUGACAAAUGCUCCAAAAAAUAUGCUGUUCAAUCUGAUUGGAAAGCACAUUCUAAAACUUGUGGCACCAGAGAAUAUAGAUGUGACUGUGGCACUCUCUUCUCAAGGCGUGACAGUUUUAUCACUCAUAGAGCCUUUUGUGAUGCACUAGCUCAUGAGAGUGCAAGACACCCUUCCAACUUAAGCACUUUGGGGACUCAUCUGUAUGGCACAAACCACAUGACCUUAGGCCUACCCCAAAUGCAGAACCAGAACCAGAACCAGAACCAAGCAACCACUAACAACAUGUUGAGCCUUGGAAAUGCUUGUGUUGCACCAAAGUUUGAGCACUUAAUCUCUCCUUUGCAGCAUCACUCAUCAUUUGGACACUCACCCCAGUCAAUGUCAUCCUCAUCAGCUUUCUUCAUGACUGACCCAAAUCAAGGUUUUCAAGACCUCCAAUCUCCACAAGGACCAUUCUCAAGCAAGCAAAUGCAUGGUCUUAUGCAACUUCCUGAUCUUCAAGGGAACACCAAUAACUCCAAUUCUGCUUCACCAACCAAUCUUUUUAACCUCAGCUUCUUUCCAAAUAGCAAUAGCAGUGGCAGCAUAAUUUCUGACCAAUUCAACAUCAUAUCUAAUAGCCCUGUAAAUAAUCAAGUUGGGUUAGGUUUGUCUUCACUCUUUGGCAAUUCACAAGUGCAACAAGAGAACAUGUGCUCACACAUGUCUGCCACUGCAUUGCUUCAGAAAGCUGCUCAAAUGGGUUCAACAACAACAACCAAAUGUUCCUCUUUACUAAGAGGAAUGGGUAGCUCCUCAACCAAUGGUGCAGAAUCUGAUCAUAGUCAACUUGUGUCUGAUAAUCUUGCCACAUUUGGAAGUGAUCAAGGUAUGAGAUUAAGCAUGGAAAACGAGCACCAUAAUCUACGUGGAUUGAUGAACUCUCUUGCCAAUGGAAACACUUCCAUAUUUGGAAAUGUUAAAGGGAACGAAAACAACCUAAUUGGUCAGUUUCACAACAUAGAUGAUCAAGAGGAGCCUAAAAAAAUGUCCCAAAAUCUUGGUGUGUGCUUUGGAGGAUCUGAUAAGUUAACGUUAGACUUUCUUGGUGUUGGAGGAAUGGUGAGAAACAUGAGUGGUGGGUUUUCACAAAGAGACCAACAACAACAACAACAACAACACUCCAUGGGUGGUACUAUGAGCUCGUUGGAUCCUAAACUUGAACCAGCACAUGCAAACCAACCUUUUGGAAGCUCAACACUGCAUUAAGCUGGGUAAAUUAAUUAUGCAGAAAAAAAAAUAUAUGUUUAUUAUUAGGGUUUCAAUUCUAAAAUUUGCAACUCAUGUAUUUUUCUUAAUUCACUUUUCUCUCAAAUUCUCUAGAGAAGUAAGUUCCUCUCUCACUCUCUCUUUGACAGUGAUAUAAGACAAGUAAUAAAUUUACUGUUGCAUUGAAUUUCAUGACUCAAGAGGUAAACUUGGUAACAGUAAAACCACGUGGUAAAGCCAGGUUCUGUACACUGCUCACCAAACGAGGAAGCUGGCUCUCACUUUCUGAGAAUCUUCACAUGUUGGCUAUAUUCCAAGGGA